AAUGGUGCCAAAUUGUCCUUUCCUGUUGUUGAUUUAAGUGGCAAGGUAGCUGUUGUUACUGGAGGUAAUGCUGGUAUUGGUUAUGAGACAGCUAAAGCUCUUGCCAUAAUGGGGAGCACAUACCAUUAUGCUAGUAGAUCCAGUGAGAAAGCUAAUGCACUCUUCCGUUCUACAAAAGAUUUCAGUGUAGCUUUCCGAGAGAAGAACCUGCCAUUACAUAUCCUCAUUAAUAAUGCUGGCAUUAGUGGUGUACCACUAACAAUGACAGAAGAUGGUUAUGAGUCACACUUUCAAGUCAAUUAUCUCAGUCAUUUUCUCCUUACAUUGGAGUUAUUACUAUUAUAUUGGCCACAGCGUCAAACUGUGGAGAUUGUAGAAUUGUUAUUGUAUCAUUUUUCUGCACAUACAGAUGCAGUAUUUGAACCAGGAAACAUGAAUGCUGAG